UUCCCCCUCUCUUGAAAUUGGGCAAAAGAGAUCCUGGCUCUGGGAGGAUAGCAGGGGGACUGAGAAGAGAAGAGACCUUCAGACCACCCAGCAGGACUGCCCCAGACUGAGAAUGAGGAGGACACUGAAUCUCUUCCUCCUGUGCCUGCCAGCACUCCUGGCUCAAGGGCAGUACGACAUCGAGGACCCGGCCUACCAUGACACACCUUACGUGCCUUACGAAAUAGACAGCCAAGAUUAUUAUGAUUAUGCUGGUAAUGCAGACAUUGCUCCGCAGACCCCUGAGGAGCAAUAUCAGUACCAGUCCCAACAGCAGAACCAGCAGGAAGUCAUCCCUGCGCCAACCCAAGUUGUUCCCGAGACAGAGCCCACUGAACCAGGCCCCCUCGACUGCCAGGAGGAGCAGUAUCCCUGCACCAGACUCUACUCGGUCCACAAGCCUUGCAAACAGUGCCUGAAUGAAAUCUGCUUUUACAGCCUCCGCCGCGUUUACGUAAUCAAUAAGGAGAUCUGCAUCCGCACCAUCUGUGCCCAUGAAGAGCUGCUCAGAGCCGACCUUUGCCGGGACAAGUUCUCCAAGUGUGGCGUCAUGGCGACCAGCGGCCUCUGCCAGAGCGUGUCCACCUCCUGUGUCAGAAGCUGUGGCGGCUGCUGAGCCGGCGCUGGACGAGAGGGGAGGCCUUUCUGCACCGUGGACGCCGCCGCAG